GCUCAGAGAUGGCAGCCACUAAGGCGGCUCUACCUGUGUAUGAAUGUAUCGAGGUCAUUAUCACUCUCAAAGAUGUUUACCCCGUGGUUCAAGAGAACCUCAUCUCUACCUGUGACUCCCGUUGUUUCCUCAAACUCCAACUAGCAAAGGGAGGGUACAGAUAGCUAGAUCUCUCUCUGUGCCUAUUAAUUUCAAGGAAGCAAGCUUAAAGAGAAUGGAUUCGUUCUUCAGAGUGAUUCCUUCUACUUCUUGUGUAAAGGAAGGAGAAGUUUGCUCAAAUGCAUCUGAGGAUGAAACAUGUGAUGCUGAUGGAGAAGACAUACCUGAGGAUGAAGCAGUUUGUAGGAUCUGUUUGGUAGAGCUUUGUGAAGGAGGAGAAACUUUGAAAAUGGAGUGUAGUUGCAAAGGAGAACUUGCUCUUGCUCAUAAAGACUGUGCUCUUAAAUGGUUCUCCAUAAAGGGUAACAAAACCUGUGAGCUUGAUGUCAAUGGUUACAGCCUUACAGAGUUUGGCAGGAGGUCCCGGUUCUAGUAAUCAUCAGCAUGCUCGCUUACUUCUGCUUUCUUGAGCAGCUCCUGGAAGAAUUUGUAUAAUUUUAGAAAAGCUUUCCAGAAGAUUUUGUGUUAACAAAUUUUGAAGUAUUGAUUACUUGGUUACACACGAUAGUAACACGAUGGGAGUUUUAUUACCUCUCAGGCUAACAGUACCCGAGCUGAAGUAUCAGAUUGUUCAGAGCCAAGGCAAAACAGUUCGAGAUUUAUGUUGAUUAUUGAAAAUUUCAAAUUUCUAAAUGUAACAAGAAAGCUUUGUACAUAUUCUGUAACAAAUAAAAUAUUUAGGAAUGACUUCCUGAAAAUUUAAUAUUUAAAAACAAGUAAAUUUAAUAUGAUUUGGAUAACAAGUAAAAAUA